AUGAAUGUUCUUCAGAAGGUGCUUUUUUUCUUUUAUAAAUUCUUCGUUCGUGAAUUCCCAUCUUUCGGGAUCGAUCUUUCUGAAACCCUGAUGUACAAUCUCUUGAUAAGCAGUUUUGGAGCAAAUCCCACUGUUUAUGAGUUAGAUGAGCAUCCAAAGGGGCAUCAGAUAGAUAAAGAACUCAAGGGGUUAGGGUUUAAGCCUAGUGUCCCAGCUGUGUUCAAAGGACAGAAGCUGAUUGGUGGGGCCAACGAGAUAAUGGCACUUCAUUUGAAGGGUCAGUUGGUGCCAUUGUUACUCGGGGCUAAUGCUAUAUGGGUUUAG